AUGAAGAAUUGUAUUGUUUCCCAAACGCAGAAUAUGACAAAAGCUGUACAGGCGACUGAAAAACAGCAGAAUCUUGUGAAACUGCUGGAGCAGGACAAGAGGGCCUUGGAACAUGAGAUCAGUGGCUACUGCCAGGAGGCCAACAAGCAGCGCAAGAUCAUUCAGCAGCUGGAAAAAGACCGAGACCGUCACAUCAACCACACUAGCAGCCUCAUGCAGAAGGUGCAACAGAAAGUCAGUGAUGUUGAAGUCAGAGAGAUAGAGAUUUCUGAUUGGAGAAAGAAAGUCACAGAGACAGAGGGUAAACUCAGCCAGCAGGAGAACCUGCUGGAAUCUGUUAUAUUGGAAAGGAACCUCUACAGCAAAAAUCUUUUCGAGGCUCAGGAAGAGAUUGCUGAGAUGAAAAGAAAGAUGAAGAUUCUGAACAACCAAGUUACCCGUCUGAGAGAUGAGAUCAUUGGAAAGGAAGAGGCCCUUACCAAACAUCAGCAAGAGCACAAGCAUUUAGAGAAAGAUAAUAAGACACUUAAGGGGGAGCUGGAUUUGUUGAAGCUGCAGCUGGAAGACACAAAGCAGCAUGUUGACAGCCAACAUGCAGAACAACAAAAACUGCAGAAGUUACUAGCUGACAUGGAGAGUGAGAAAAUCCAACAGCAGAAGCAAAUGGAUCAGGUCACAAAAGAGCGGGAUAGCCUUGGCAAACAAUUGCUGCAUCGUAAUGAUGAACGUGCUCUGCUGUAUGAGAAGAUUAGGAUCCAGCAGUCCAUCCUGAGUAAGGGAGACUUCCACUACAAUCAGAGGCUGGAGGACAUCCACCUGCUGAAGCUGGAGAUCAAACGGCUUAGCAGAAAGAAGAGCAUCCUAGUCAAAAGUUUGCCUAACUCAGAGGAGCUGAGGACACAUUUGUUCCACCUCCAAAAAGAGCUGGUCAGGGAAAAAACAAGGAACAGCAUCCUUGAAGAACAGCUGAAACCCAUAAACAUUCACAGAUGGAGGCGACUGGAGGGCACUGACCCAGUUAAAUACCAGCUCAUCCAGAAGAUUCAGUUCCUAGAGAAGAGACUGAUUACUAAGACCCAAGCUCUUGAGCAACAGGAACUUUUACUACAGGAAAAGGAGAAGCUGUAUGUAGAGCUGAAGCAUAUUUUGGCCCAGCAGCCCGGUCCAGAGGCAGCUGAACAGCUCCAGCAAUGCCAGUGGACCAUCAGAGAUCGAACCAAAAGGCUUAAGGUACUUAUAGCAGAACUAACUAUGCUUGACUCCAAGAUGAAUGAAUACAAAAACGAGAAUCAAAGACUGGCCAACGAGUUAGCAAUUAUAAAGAAAAAGUAUCUAGAUCAAAAGAAGCUUAACAGGUAA